AUGGCUAUGAACAGAAGCCUCAGGACAACCACCAGGCAGCCAGCGGGCUUGUACACUGAGCUAGAAGAGCCAGCAAACAUCCGUCCAUUUUUCGUUCACCCAGAUACCCCAUACAACCCGCACCUAACACGCCUGCUUCCUAAGAAUUCACUCACGAUGGAUGACAAGAGGCGCACGCCCUCCGCGGCCUUGGCCAAGUUCUCAAGGCGGGCCAAUUUCGUCCUCUAUUCUCAGCACCGGGAUCCGCGGUGCGACCCGGACAAGAGCUACACCCCUCCAUACGAGCUCGACAGCGCCUUUGGUGAAACUCAUCAUCAACUGCCCGGGCUGACUAAAUGGCAAGCGUACGAACUCAGGAUGCUGGAUAGGGCGCACGGUCGCAGCAAGUCACCAGGGCCAGAAUGGCAGCGACCCCCAACCAAGGCUUCUACUUUGUCUACUUCGGCCUCAGGCAAACGAGACCGUGAUCCCAUGUUGAGUUCAAGGCUUGGGGUAUCAGAAGUGGGAGCCCUGGAUUCUGCUCAUGAGCCAUUCCCAAGUAUCGAAAAUGAUGAAUCCUUCGACUUUGGACUGACGCCAAAGAAGAGCCAAGAAACUUCUCAUGGUCACACGCACAAUAGAGUUUAUCAUCAAUGGUCUGACCUACCCGAAAAUAUUCGGCUCUGUAUCAUGAAGUUGAUGAGCGAACAUGUCGGUGCCAUCUGGGAAGCCCAAAGACUGUUAAUGCUCGACUUUGCGGAAAUUCAAGAUUUUGAAAAUCUUUACAUCCGAGAGCGUAACAAGUGCCUUGCAUAUACCGAAUCCGUCCUGAAAGGCCUCAAAAGCAAGGAGGCACUCGUCGAAACUCUCAGACGUGCUGGAAGGGAGGCUUCUGCUGACAUCGAGCUGUUGCGGCCAGAGCAUUUCGAAGAAGAAUACAAUCUGGUAAUUGACAAGGUCACGUCCACGGAUGUGAUUGCUGGGAAAUCGUUCCUUCAGAACAUUGGCCUAUCAGACUUUGGUGUCAUGCUCGAGAGAUUCGAGGGCGUUUCGACAGGACCAAUGUUCGAAAUUGAAUUUCGAUUGUCGGGAGAAGUUGGAAUCCCGCCUUUCCAAUUCGAACUUGAUUGGAACAUGACCGUGGAAGAAGGGCUAAUAUGCUCUAGGGCCAGCAAUGAAGCCCGGCAGCACCCUAUUUCUCAUGGUUGGAUGUAUUUGCAGCGGAGCCAGGACGAGCUGAAUCCUAACGUGAAUCCUAUGCGUUUGCACUAUACGAGUCCGCCGCUACAGAAUUCUGGGAAUGGAAGGGCGGGUAGUGAGAAAAGAAUCCAGAACAACAGGUCAAGUGAUUCAGUGGGAAGCAACCUGCAGCACAACUUCCAUAGGAUCCAGCCAAGAGUUAAUUCAUUCAGCAGGCUGACGCCAGUCUCAACUUCGAGUUCUGAUGAUUUGACAAAAGGAGCAGCGCUUAAACAGUCUGAUAAGCGGGAAGGUGGGGUUAUACAACAGUCAUCUCCUACCAUGAGGAGGAACGAUGAGAACGAAGCCGACGCUGUGCGCAAGCCCCGAGGCUGUAUCAAUGGCUCACUGAAUUCUUCAAAUAAAAAGCACAAAGGCACACCCAUCAUCACGACUACUGCUCCUCCAGUCUCAACGCAGCAUCCAACCACCCCCACGAGAAUUGUCCUCAAAACCUCCGUCGGACUGGGCAAGCGUGGCGCACCGGAGGAGUUAUCUGGUCCUCAGAAGAAGGCCCGCAUUACACAGGAACAAGGGACCAAGCAAUGCAGGUCCGCUGGUCUUUACACUCAAGACCAGCAACACAAGAACCAAAAACAGCCGAAUGGUGUUAUCAAGGCAGUUUUGGAGACAGCUGAAGUGACGCCGAUCAUCAGUGCAGUCGGUCACAAAAGAGCUGCUGGGCCGGUACCGAAGCAAAUCAUCCAGAGGGGGCUGCAAGCCUGA